GCUGAAGUUGGGCGGAUGGAAGAAAAACACCGCCGAUGGAGAUUAUACGGCAGGAUGUAUCUUUACUGUGCGAUCUAACAAGCAUCAACAUAAAACACAUAUAAAGUAACCACUAUAGACGACUGACAACCAGAAUUAAAAGGAUGGUAUAUUGUUGCUCCCCUUACGAUCAACACUGCAAAUGAUCCACCCACUGAGUCCCUGAACUCUGCUGAGACCCAGGCAGAAACCGCUGUCCUCCUUAUCCCUCACUUCCUGGCCCUCCGUCAGGGAUGGUGAGAACAACAAUACUACCCUGUAGACACACCCUAGUGCUUUACUUCUGAACCCACCCAAGUUCAACCAACCACUUACCUCAACGCCAUGAUUCACCUGCCUGGUCUGUCUGUGGAAGCAACUGACUAAUUUUUAUGCCCCGAAGUUUAAGCGGAGUUGACAUGAGAAAACGGCAGCAGCCACACAUUGAAGGACCUCCCCAGGCGCCUGGCCAUCCAAGGCCCAACAACUGCUGCAUGUGCUGGUGUGGUUGUUGUAAAUGCCUCUGGAAUGAGGACCGCAUGGAGCGUUCUGAACGGGCAUGCACUAAAAUGGAUAGUAUUGAAGCCACGGAGGAGCAGCAACCCACUCUAGACGAGGUAGUUGCCUGGGCCCGUAGCUUCGAGCUGGUGAUGCGCUCCUCAGAAGGCAGGGAGAUUUUCCGAGAAUUUCUGCGCUCUGAGUACAGCGAAGAGAACCUGUUGUUCUGGCUGGCCUGUGAGGAGCUGAAGAAGGAGACGGACCUGACUGCGAUCGAUGAGAAAGCCAGGAUCAUCUACGAGGACUACGUCUCCAUUCUAUCGCCGAAAGAGGUGAGCCUGGAUUCGCGGGUGAGGGAAGGCAUCAACCUGAGCCUGACGGAGCCCAGCAACUUGAUGUACGAGGAGGCCCAGCUGCAGAUCUACACCCUGAUGCACAGAGACUCCUACCCCCGUUUCCUCAACUCCUCCGUUUACAGGGACCUUCUGGACAGCAAGAGAAGCUCCUGCCUAGACACCUAAAGUAACCCCCACCCUCCCAAAAAACAAGAAGACAAUAAGGUGCCAGAACUGGGUUUGAUAUUUUCCUUUUUUGAAAAAGAAACAAGAAAAUAAUGAAUAGUUUAAGCAAUUUCAAGUGUCUGCUUGCAGGCAGCCCUGAGGUUUAGUUCCUCGUUUAACUGCAGAUAAGAGCUCCUCGGGCUACUGUGACAAAGAGAAACGAAAGGAAGGACAGACCCAUUGUUUCUGUACUGUACUUUUGAGAGUUCUCCUCCUUUCGCUCCCUCUUUCUCUAUCUUGCUCUGUAUUUUUCUCUCUCAAAUUCUGUCCCAUGCCUCAGCCAUUUUUACAGUCCAAAAACAAUGUCUUUUUUACGAUGGCUGUAGAGCUUGACCGUGGUGAGCAGGAAAAUCAGACUUUGCAUGUAACAAGGUAAUGGAAUUCGCUCUACAGUAGCUUGGUAUUUUAGCAGUGGACUGCAAAGGAAUAUGAGAUGUAUUUUCUUCUGUUCUUGGGAUAUACCCUGUCAAGCUCUUGAUGUGAAGGGAAUAUUGAUAUUUGCCAAUUAGCUUGCAGUCGUUGAUUUUGAGAAGGUUGAAAGUUUUACAGCAGUGUUAAUAUCCAAGCACUUGCCUUCUUUACAACUCUAAAACUGGGAGAAGGGCUAGAAUUGUGGUCGGGCAGCUAAAUGUCUUAUGAACAUUACUUUCCACGGGAAAUCACAAUGCCUUUAUGUGAAAAAGGCAGCACAAGAGCUGCUUGUUAUGGCAACAACACAGUUUAGUAAACACAGAGUCCUUUCUAUCCUUCCCACACCAUCUCACCCUGAGAGAAGCACAGGUUAUGUCAAAGGUUGGAAUCAUUGUUGGAGAAAAAAAGAAAUCAAAACAUUCAAUUCAGUCGUUUCAUACAAUAAAUCAUUAACACUUUACAGCUCUCGAGAAUGAAAGAGAACCAUUUACUUAUUAGUUUUUCUACUGCCUAUAAUAUACAUAGUAGUAAUCACGAUGCCUUGGUUUGGAUGGUCAAUUAUAAGAUAGUGGUAUGUCUAAUGCAUCACCAUGAGGUCUAAGAGUGGGAUGCAAUGCUGACACAUGGAAUUAUGAAGUAGGCCUAUAUGGCUUCUUGUUUUAAAGCUGUAGCUAGUCCUAGACUGAAGGGGGUCAGUACCAGCUAAGUAACAGCCCAGUCGGGGGCAGAAGAGGUGGAAUCAGACGUAUUUAUAUAUAGGUUGUUUGGAGGUUUGCAGUCCUGUUCACCAGAUGUGCGUCUGUCUUUAAGACGGGUUAUUGAGGCUCCAAUAAGGUGCUUGGAUCUCCGGUGAGCCCCAUGUCUUUAAGUCUCUCUGCUUUACAGAGUUGGGCAGGGGAGGUGAAUAGAUCUUUUUGAGACGGGUCGUUGUUUUUUUCCCUAAAAUUGCCAGCACGCAUUGUUGUGUGUACCUGCCGUCCAGAUACAUACUUAUCAAAAAAUUUUAAAGAGUUAAAGUCCCAUGAACAUAUAGGCCUAAAAUAUAUGUUAAAUGAUUUUUUUGUUGUUGUUGCAAGUGUGACAUUUAAACAUGGAGAAAUGAUUGCAGGCCUUUGUCACCUGUUGAUGUGUAAAAGGUCAGUGCAUGAGUAAAGUAUAUUGUGAGAGGGAGAGUUGUGUGUAUUGUCACCACUGGUGGGUAAUGAUAUUCAAGUGUCAUUGAAGCAGUGCCACUCUUCUGUUUGAACAUACUACCUGACGUUCAUGUGCCAAGGCCAGUCAUUAUUUAAUUCAAUUAAGGGUUUUAAUAAAGCCCAUAUACUCUAGGUUAUUGAAGUGCAAUUGGAUCAGAUGUAGGCUUUCUGUUUGUAUUCAUUCACAAAAAAUGAACAUAUAGCAUAGCCUAAUGAUAUCAGCCAUUUUGAACAUCCAACAAUAUUCUAACGUUCUGUAAAUUUCGUUCACAUUCAGCCACCUUUCUAGAUAGUUUGUUGCAAUAGUGUUUGCAUACUCUUUAAUGAAGAGUGAUACAGUGAAAGUGAUACAGUAUGCAUGCACCACAGUGGUUAGGUAGAGGAUACCUUUUUAUGUAGCUCUAUUAAUGUCAAAAUAAAUGACUUGCUCAUUUUAGAUAUUAUUUCAGCUGUAACUUCUGAAUGUUUGACCAACCAGACAGUGAAAUUAUGGUUCAAUCAAACCAAGUUUACAUUCAUGCGGUGAGCAAUCAUCCUGGAAACGCAAGAGAAGCCAAUUGCAAAAAAAAUAUAGGUAGGAAAAUGGUUCUGAAUGAUUCACAAUUAGCAUUUUACCCUGGGUGAAGAGUAGUAUUACAGGUUUGUACGACGUGUUCUCUGGUGUCUCGGAGUAAUUGAUUAUUUUCACUCCAUGGAAAGAAAUGGUUGUUCAUUUUACUGACAUUUCAACAAGGAUUUAGCAAUUAAUGACAUGAGGUGGUAUCAUAGGCAUAGUGUCAUGUUCAAAUGUUGACUUUCAAUUCAGAAUGAAUGGCUUUGAAAGGUGGCAGAGGUUUGUUGGCAGAAUAAGAUUUUUAUCUAAAGUGUCAGAAUUGAUGUGAUUAAGAGAAGCAUUGGCCUUAUCUACUGUGUUUCUCCUUUAACUUUCAUUAGGGAUUUCACUACCUCUCAUAUUGGUUAAUUUAUUUCACAUCUAGUUGUCAAUGUACACUUUGUUUUUAGAUCUACUUGAAGCCUAACACUGUAAACAAAAUGUGCACAGAAAAUAUAUGUAUUAAGCGUUAAAGGACGAUUAGCCUAGUUAACUUUUUUGUUUGUUUAAUUGUGUUCAACUGGAAAAAGAUUUUUAGAUAUAUAAAUAAUUCAGGAAAUUCACUGUUUAAAGGGCUAAUCUCAUUUUGCCUAUGCAAAGAUGUUACUGUUGAAAUAUGGGAAAGGAUAGGUUAAGUUUGAUGGAACAUGGUUUACAUUGCCCUUUGCUGAUAUUCAUAUCUUAUUCAGCAAAAAUGUACCCUUAGUUUUGUUUCUAUAUAAAUAUAUAACAAGUAAUAUACAGAGAAAAUAGUAUAUGCCUUCGUGAUGAAAAAAACAACACUUGAUAAAUACAAAUAAAUAUGUGUGUUGUCUGACCUGUGGCUGUGUUAUGACAUCUUGGUGAGAUGACAGUUCACUGCAAAAUACACCUGUUGACUGAUCGACUAGUUCGAGACUCCUUCAUCCAUAGAGGCUUUAUUAUCCAUUCAGUGUUUUCUUUCAGGCCAAUGAGCAUCCCUUUAUCCAAGGAGCUAUUCAAUGUCAUUAUUGCUGUACGUAACCCAUAUUGUCAUUUGCAAUCCUACCAUUUCGAAUUUCAAAACAUUUCUACUGUACAAUCAAGGGACAGUCUCGUUUAUUGUUGUUUCCAAGGGUGCUUCGUAGUCACAUUCACAAAGGUUGAAGGGCUAUUUUAGUCACUUAAACAAAGAUGUUAAAUCCACAAGAACAGAAACAUCUACCUCUUGGUUGCUUUCCCAAUCCUCCAAACCUGUAGGCUACUUUGGUACUUGGCCUUUUUGUCAGACCACUGGAAUGUAAUAAGACUGAAAUAGCUGUACAAGAGCCAUGAUGUCGUGGUCAAAUUCUGUAGAUAUAAGGGUGCAAUUUUUCUUCGACUGCACACAACACAUUAAUAACUCAUUAAUAACAAUACAUUGAACUAAUAACUAAUAUUACUACUGACUGGCUGAAUUAACAUUUUCAAUAAGUACGUUCGCUAAUGACAUCACAUUUCAGUUGUCUUGUUAAUGUUCCCUUUUAAGAUUUAAUGUGGUACUACAUUAUUAUGUCCAAGCGGGGUAUACUGGUCACUAGACCCAUAAGUAUUUUUCUGUAUAUCUAAUCAUACCCCUUGAGCUGUCUGUGUCUUCCUGACUGGUGGCUCUUUUUAAAAUAAAAUAUGUUUCUCUGCUGAAAUCUGGGUAAAAGAUUGAAAGGAAUGAGAAUCUUAAUCAGUA